AUGUCUGCUGGCCAUUACGACGAUGGCUAUGGCCAUCAGGGCCACGCUGACCAUCAGGGCCACGGUGAUGCCUAUUACCAGGACGAUCAACAUGGGUACUACGAUCAAAACGAGUACUCGAACUACGGAGACGGUUACUACGACCAGAGUGGUUACUAUGGUGAUAAUCACGGAGAACACCACGGCGAACAGCAUGGUGAACAACACGCGGGCGGCGGCUACUAUGAAGGCGGCCAGGACAACUACUACAACGAACAGUACUAUGAUCAGGGCCAUGGCGGACAUCCUGAUUAUGCCCAAAACGGCCGCAGUCGUCGACGCGGAGACUCCGAGGAAGACUCGGAAAGUUUCAGUGAUUUCACCAUGAGGUCCGAAACUGCUCGUGCAGCUGACAUGGACUACUACGGCCGUGGUGAUGAGCGUUACAACAGCUACAAUGAAAGUCAGAUGGGUGGCCAAGGAUACGGAUACCGACCACCUUCCUCUCAGAUCUCUUAUGGAGGAAAUCGCUCAUCAGGCGCCUCGACCCCAGUUUACGGCAUGGACUACAGCAACGCCCUCCCCGCUGGCCAGCGCUCUCGUGAGCCGUACCCGGCUUGGACUUCUGACGCCCAAAUUCCCCUUUCCAAGGAAGAAAUCGAGGACAUCUUUUUGGACCUGGUCAACAAGUUUGGUUUCCAACGUGACAGCAUGAGGAACAUGUACGAUCAUUUCAUGACUCUCCUCGACUCCCGUGCCUCCCGUAUGACUCCCAACCAGGCCCUUUUGUCGUUGCAUGCGGACUACAUUGGGGGUGACAAUGCCAACUACCGCCGCUGGUACUUUGCUGCACAUCUCGACCUUGACGACGCCGUGGGGUUUGCCAAUAUGCAACUCGGAAAAGCCAAUCGUAGAACUCGAAAGGCCCGUAAAGCCGCCAAGAAGGCUGCAGCAGAAAACCCCGAAAACGAACAAGCCACCCUGGACGCUUUGGAAGGUGAUAAUAGUUUGGAGGCAGCCGAAUUCCGCUGGAAGACACGUAUGAACCGCAUGUCUCAACAUGAGCGUUGCCGACAGAUCGCCCUUUUCCUUCUCUGCUGGGGCGAGGCAAACCAAGUCCGUUUCACACCCGAGUGUCUCUGUUUUAUCUUCAAGUGUGCCGAUGACUACUUGAACUCUCCUGCUUGCCAGAAUCGUGUCGAGCCUGUAGAGGAAGGCACGUAUCUCAAUAACAUCAUCACGCCGCUUUACAGCUAUCUCCGUGACCAGGGUUAUGAGAUCUACGAUGGUAAAUAUGUUCGUCGUGAGCGUGACCACGCCCAGAUCAUUGGUUACGACGAUGUGAACCAACUGUUUUGGUACCCCGAGGGUAUCGAGCGGAUCAUCCUAGAAGACAAGACGCGACUUGUCGACAUUGCUCCUGCCGAGCGAUGGGAAAAAUUGAAGGAUGUCAACUGGAAGAAGGUGUUCUUCAAGACGUAUCGCGAAACUCGUUCCUGGUUCCACAUGAUCACCAACUUUAAUCGUAUCUGGGUUAUUCAUCUUGGUGCUUUCUGGUUUUUCACCGCUUACAACGCCAAGUCAUUGUAUACCAAGGACUAUCAGCAACAACUCAACAAUCAACCCCCUGGCUCUUACUCGUGGUCAGCGGUCGGUCUAGGUGGUGCGCUCGUUACUCUUAUCAAUAUCUUCGCCACUCUUGCUGAGUGGGCUUAUGUGCCACGCAGAUGGGCCGGUGCUCAGCACUUGACCAGGCGUCUUUUGUUCUUGCUUUUAGUCUUCGCCGUCAACAUUGGCCCUGCCAUAUACGUUUUCGGUGUUUCGAAAGACGGCACAGACACCAUCGCAUAUGUUCUCGGUGUUGUUCAAUUCUUCAUUGCUCUGGCAAGUUUCUUCUUCUUCGCUGUCAUGCCGCUCGGUGGUCUGUUCGGCAGUUACAUGAAGAAAAACACACGUCAAUAUGUUGCCAGUCAGACAUUCACAGCCAGCUUUCCUGCGCUCAGUGGUAAUGGCAUGUGGAUGUCUUAUGGUAUGUGGGUUUGCGUGUUCGCCGCCAAAUUGGUUGAGUCCUACUUCUUCCUCACGCUCUCUUUCAAGGAUCCCAUCCGUAUCCUUCGCCCGAUGACGAUUCAGCACUGUUUAGGUGACAAGAUCAUUGGUGAUAUUCUUUGCCAUGCUCAACCCCAGAUUCUUCUUGGCUUGAUGUUCUUCACCGAUUUGACUCUUUUCUUCCUGGAUAGUUAUCUGUGGUACAUUAUUUUGAACACCAUCUUCUCCGUGGCACGAUCAUUCCACUUGGGUGUCUCUAUCUGGAGUCCCUGGCGAAACAUCUUCUCGCGUCUACCCAAGCGUAUCUACUCCAAGGUUCUGGCUACCACGGACAUGGAGAUCAAGUACAAGCCUAAAGUUCUGAUCUCUCAAGUCUGGAACGCUAUCGUCAUUUCCAUGUACCGCGAGCAUCUUCUGGCUAUUGACCACGUUCAGAAGCUUUUGUAUCACCAAGUUCCAUCUGAGCAGGAGGGCAAACGAACAUUGAGAGCGCCGACCUUCUUUGUUUCUCAAGAGGAUCACUCCUUCCGUACCGAGUUCUUCCCAUCUCAGAGUGAAGCAGAGCGUCGUAUUUCGUUCUUUGCACAGUCUCUUUCGACCCCAAUUCCAGAGCCCCUACCCGUGGACAACAUGCCUACUUUCACCGUCUUGAUUCCUCACUACAGCGAAAAGAUUCUUCUCUCUUUGCGAGAAAUCAUCAGAGAGGACGAGCCUUACUCUCGUGUCACCCUUCUAGAAUAUCUGAAGCAACUUCACCCUCACGAAUGGGAUUGCUUUGUGAAGGACACCAAGAUUCUUGCAGAUGAGACAUCUCAAUUCAACGGGGAGUACGAAAAAUCUGAAAAGGAUGCAGCACGAAGCAAGAUUGAUGACCUUCCUUUCUAUUGCAUUGGUUUCAAAUCCGCUGCUCCUGAAUAUACUCUCCGCACUCGUAUCUGGGCCUCUCUUCGCACUCAAACCCUGUACCGUACAAUCUCUGGUUUUAUGAAUUACAGCCGUGCUAUCAAGCUUCUCUAUCGGGUUGAAAACCCCGAGGUUGUGCAGAUGUUUGGCGGGAACUCUGACAAGUUGGAACGCGAAUUGGAACGCAUGGCUCGCCGCAAGUUCAAGAUUUGUGUUUCUAUGCAACGUUAUGCCAAGUUCAACAAGGAAGAACGUGAGAACACCGAGUUCCUUCUUCGCGCUUACCCAGACCUCCAAAUCGCCUACCUCGAUGAAGAACCUCCUGCCAACGAGGGCGAGGAACCUAGACUCUACUCCGCUCUUAUCGACGGACACUCAGAAAUUCUGGAGAACGGCCUUCGCAAACCCAAGUUCCGCAUUCAGCUCUCUGGUAACCCUAUUCUUGGAGAUGGAAAGUCCGAUAACCAGAACCACUCCAUCAUCUUCUACCGUGGUGAAUACAUUCAAUUGAUCGAUGCAAACCAAGACAACUAUCUCGAGGAAUGUUUGAAGAUUCGCAGCGUCCUUGCCGAGUUUGAGGAGUUGAGCACCGACAACGUUUCCCCCUACACUCCUGGUGUUUCUACCCCCAAAACCGACCCUGUCGCCAUUCUUGGUGCUCGUGAAUACAUUUUCUCAGAGAACAUUGGUAUCCUUGGUGACGUCGCUGCCGGAAAAGAACAGACAUUCGGUACUCUAUUCGCUCGUACUCUCGCUGAAAUUGGUGGUAAACUCCACUAUGGUCAUCCUGAUUUCCUCAACGGUAUUUUCAUGACAACUCGUGGCGGUGUUUCUAAGGCUCAGAAGGGUCUUCAUUUGAACGAGGAUAUUUACAUCGGUAUGAAUGCUGUGCUCCGUGGUGGCAGAAUCAAGCAUUGUGAAUACUUUCAAUGUGGUAAGGGUCGUGAUCAAGGUUUUGGUUCAAUUCUCAACUUCACAACCAAGAUCGGAACCGGUAUGGGUGAACAAAUGCUUUCUCGUGAAUACUACUACCUCGGUACUCAACUUCCAUUGGAUCGUUUCUUGUCAUUCUACUACGCUCACCCUGGUUUCCAUAUCAACAACAUGUUCAUCAUGUUGUCUGUGAACAUGUUCAUGAUUACGAUGAUCAACCUCGGUGCCUUGCGACACGAAACCAUUCUCUGCCGAUACAACUCCAACCUUCCAAUCACCGACCCCUUGAUGCCUACUGGUUGCGCCAAUCUCGUUCCUAUUACCAACUGGGUUAAUCGUUGUAUUGUCUCCAUCUUCAUUGUGUUCUUCAUUUCUUUCGUUCCCUUGGUGGUUCAAGAAUUGACUGAGCGAGGUGUCUGGCGUGCGGCAACCCGUCUUGCUAAGCAGUUCGGUUCUCUGUCCUUCAUGUUUGAGGUGUUCGUUUGCCAAAUUUAUGCCAAUGCCAUUCAGCAAGAUCUCUCCUAUGGUGGUGCCCGAUAUAUCGGUACUGGUCGUGGUUUCGCGACUGCUCGUAUUCCGUUCGGUGUUCUUUACUCUCGUUUCGCUGGCCCCUCGAUCUACCUGGGCGCUCGAUGCUUGCUCAUGUUGCUGUUCGCUACGGCGACCAUGUGGACUGCUGCUUUGAUCUGGUUCUGGGUUUCCUUGAUGGCUCUGUGUAUCUCACCAUUCUUGUUCAACCCUCACCAGUUCUCAUGGAACGACUUCUUCAUCGACUACCGCGACUAUCUUCGAUGGUUGUCUCGUGGCAAUUCCAGAUCUCACAACUCUUCAUGGAUUGCUUUCUGUCGUCUGUCUCGUACUAGAAUCACUGGAUACAAGCGCAAGGUUCUCGGUGUUCCAUCCGAGAAGCUUUCGGGUGACGUUCCACGUGCUCGCAUCACCAACAUAUUCUUUUCGGAGGUUCUUGGUCCUUUAGUCUUGGUUGCAGUCACACUCAUUCCUUAUCUCUACAUCAACGCUCGUACUGGUGUUACCGAGAACAACCCACAGGCGACCAACGCACUUAUCCGCAUUGGUAUCGUUGCACUUGCUCCCGUCGGUGUCAAUGCCGGUGUUGCUGGCGCUAUGUUCGGUUUGGCAUGCUGUAUGGGUCCUCUUUUGAGCAUGUGUUGCAAGAAGUUCGGUUCCGUGCUUGCCGCAAUUGCUCACGGUAUCGCCGUCAUUAUGCUCCUUGCUAUCUUUGAAGUCAUGUUCUUCUUGGAAAACUGGAGUUUCCCUCGUUGCGUCUUGGGCAUGAUCUCCAUGGCCGCAAUUCAGCGAUUUGUCUACAAGUUGAUAAUUGCUCUUGCACUCACCAGAGAAUUCAAACAUGAUCAAUCCAACAUCGCUUGGUGGACCGGAAAAUGGUACAACAUGGGCUGGCACUCUCUCUCCCAGCCGGGUCGUGAAUUCCUCUGCAAGAUCACUGAGCUCGGUUACUUUGCCGGUGACUUUGUCUUGGGUCACCUUCUCCUCUUCGCCAUGCUACCCGCUCUCUGCGUGCCAUAUAUUGACAGAUUCCACUCGGUCAUUCUUUUCUGGCUUCGUCCUAGCCGACAAAUUCGUCCUCCUAUAUACUCAUUGAAGCAGUCCAAGCUCCGUCGUCGUCGCGUAAUCCGUUACGCCAUCCUGUACUUCGUCAUGCUUGUUCUCUUUAUCGUCCUCGUUGUGGCGCCUUUGGUCGUUCGUCGUCUCAACAUCAACUUGCCCACCAUCCCUGAUAGCCUUAUGCAGCCUUUGGACGGGGGAUCGCUCCAUAACGACACUCACACAUACUACACCGGCUCUGGAUUACCCGCCGGAUUCGUCGCCCAUUCUGGCAGUGACUCCAGCAGCAGCAGCAGCACUGCUGGCGCUAAGAUGAUGUUCAUGUUCUAG